GACCCCGCCGGACAGCCGCUCCGGAGCUGCGGCUCUUCCUCUGGCUCGGUUACCCAAGAAGCCACAAGAUGACCAAAGUAGCAAGAAGACGUUUGCUUUUGAGGAAAGCCAUUCAGCAGCAGCCGCCACGGUGACUUUCCACAUCUCUCCUCGCUUGUUGGUUGGCUUGGAGGUCUCCACUGCCCAGAGGCUGGGCUGAAGGUGCCGCUUCCCCCUCGGUGCUUCCCUUGCCGGACGGCUUCCUCUGCUUGACUCGCCAUGGGAGGAUGCUUCUCCAAACCCAAACCAGUGGAAGUGAAAAUCGAGGUGGUGCUGCCAGAGAAGGAGCGCAUCAAAGAGGAGACAUCGCCCAACGGGAAGGCCAGCCCCAUCGUCUACAAGGCCAAUGGCACCUCGCGGCAUUACCAGCUGGAGGAGCACCCGGUCGCCCCCAACCCCUACCAGAAUGUGAAGGAUGUGGUGGAGGCCUUCGUUUGCCACGUGAAGGACCUGGACAUUGGACA